AGCGGCGUGUUUUGGUUAGGAUGUCUUCCAAUACAAACCAUCUGUGUGUUUGAUGUCGUGUCACGCUCAGUCAAGCAUUCAAAUUCACUCCCACACCAUGGGAUAUUGACAGCUGAAUACUGAAGUUGACAUUGCUAAUAGUUUUGGAGGAACUUUUGGACAGUUUGGUAACUUUAUUUUGGAUUUUGAUAUUCCGCGCUUUCCAGAUUUACGUUUUGUUUUGAGUGCUUGGAAUGUUUGAUGCUUUAGAUAUGAAACACUGCUCUUGGUUGUGAGAGUUCAUUGUUUCAAAAGAAGUUCGCUCAUGAUGUUUUAUUUCAAAUAAUUAUUUGUAAUUACUUUCUCAUGUUAUUUUUUGUUAUUAUCAUUUGCAAAAAGAAAUCUUGAGGAGCACUGCGAAAAAAUAUUUUUACUAACAUUAAAAUCAACCUCAUGAUCAACUAAAAUAACAACUGAGAAUAGCAUAAUAUCAAAAUGAAGAUCUUAUUAAUCUGCAUGAUCAUACUUCUGACAAUACAAUAUGUAUCACCGAGACGUCGACGUUCCCAAAAUUGUCGGGAAAAAAUGGAUCAGUCUGCUAGCAUGGUGUUUACUGGUACUGUAGAAAAAAUAUAUCGAUCCAGAUCGGCAACGUAUCGUGGUGUUGUUAAAGUCAAAAGAGUAGUCAAAGGAGAUACUAGUUUUGCUGAUAACACAGUCAUAGUGGAAGGGUUUGGUGACCCUAAUAUUUGUCAUAGUGAUGUGAGGGAGAGAGAUACCAGAAUUUUUCUGGUCAGUUUAUUGGACAAUGGUCACUUGAGAUUGAAUUCCAGUGUAGUUAGAGUUACUGUGUCCAAUCUGGAUAAAGCUGUUGCUGCAGUGAAAGGUUUGCCCCCGAAGACGAGGGAAGCAGUGCCUGAAACCGAGUGCGAAAAAAUGUACUGUGCCUAUGGAGCUCUGUGUCUAAUAGACAAAAGAACCCAACAAGCCCACUGUAGAUGCCAGGAGACUUGCUCGGAUGUUUUUGCGCCAGUUUGCGGAAGUGAUGGAGUCACUUAUUCCAGCGAUUGUCAGCUAAGAAUGGCGUCUUGCACUAAACAGAAGAGAAUCUUCACCAAACAUCAAGGACCUUGUGAUUUGAAAGAUCCUUGCGAAGAUAAAGAUUGCCAUUUCGGCGCUCAGUGCCAGCCAUCUCUGGACGGCCGAACUGCUGAGUGUAUUUGUCCUGAGAAAUGUGCCACCUACGGAGACAGUCGAUCAAGGCCUGUUUGCGGUACUGAUGGAAAAGACUACCCAAACGUUUGUGAAUUAAGAAGGACAUCAUGCCUAGAGAUGCGAGAGAUCGAAGUACGGUACAAAGGACAUUGUGAUCCAUGCCAAAAUAUCAAGUGUCCAACGUAUCAGGUAUGUCAGCUUGACGAAAACAGGAAUCCUAUUUGCCGCUGUAAUGAUAUCUGUACGCCAGAAUUCAGACCUGUUUGCGGAUCUGAUGGAUUAACUUAUGCUAAUGAAUGCACCCUGAGAGUUGAAGCCUGCAAAGUGCAGAAAAACAUUCGUGUCAUUUAUUCUGGUGAUUGUAGUUCAAGCACAAAUCCGUGCGAUCUCAUUAAAUGUGGUCCUGGGCAAGAAUGUGAUGUUGAUCGUUUUGGUGUCGCUUCUUGUCAAUGCCCCCCUACCUGUGAACCUAAAAUGCAACCCAUCUGCGGUUCAAAUGGCAGGACGUUUGACAACGAAUGUGAAUUAAAAAGACAAUCGUGCCUGCUUCGACAAGAACUUACUAAAGUGCACGAAGGAGAAUGUGGUGACCAUGGACCAUGCCAUACGCAUCACUGUUCUUACGGUGCUAUGUGUGUUGUUAAAAAUGGUCAGCCAAUCUGUGAAUGUCCAACAUGUGCUGAAGAAUUCGAGCCAGUGUGUGGUACCGACAACAUCUCCUACACAAAUCCUUGCAAACUGAAGAGAGAAGCAUGCGAACAGAAGACUGACAUUAUAAUUGCUCAUGAGGGCUUAUGCAAUAUCUGUUCCACCCAGCAGUGCGAUUUUUAUGCAGUCUGCGAAAGCUUUGGCGGAGGGGAGACCCGGUGUGUAUGUCCAGAAGUAUGCAUCAAGGUUGAUGCACCUGUCUGUGGAACAGAUGGAAUUUCUUAUCCUAAUGAGUGUGAGCUCAGGGUCGAAGCUUGCAAAAAGAGGCAAUAUAUUGCAGUUGCUACAAAGGGUCCAUGCGAUUUGUGUGAACGUGUGCAUUGCAAGUAUGGUGCAAAGUGUGAUAAUGGGCGUUGCGUUUGUCCCAUUGACUGCCCUAAAUUUUAUGAGUUCGUGUGUGCCACUGAUGGUAAGACUUACAUCAACGAGUGCGAAAUGCAAAGAGUUGGUUGCCAGAAGAGCAGAGAUCUGAAUGUUCAGUUCUAUGGCACAUGUGGAGAGGCAACAGACGGUUCCGAUGCUAAUGAUGAUUUACCGGCGCUGAAAGAGAGGAAAAUCAGCAGUUGUCAGGAUAAGCAAUGCAAAUAUGGUGGUAUUUGUGAUUUCAACCAUGAAGGAGUUCCAUUUUGUGUCUGUACCUUCCAUUGUCCGAGCAUCAAAGAGCCUGUUUGCGGAUCGGAUGGACGAAUGUACGACAACGAGUGCAGGAUGAGGGAAGAGUCUUGCUUACUUCAAAAAAGAAUAGAAACAGCAGCCCGAGAAGUUUGCAUUGAUCAUGUUGAUAUAGCAUGCGAUGGUGAGCCGCCAGUUAUUGACCCUUUGACUGGGAAAGAUUACUUCUGUGGAAUAGGUGCAGGUUCUAAACUGUGUCCUGCAAAAACAGUUUGCCACAAGACUCAGUAUUUCGCUAAGUGCUGUAAAGUAGCUCCUCUAAUUAAAAGUUGUGAAACAACACCAUUCGGCUGCUGUCCGGAUCUCCGACAUCCAGUAUUAGGUCCAAAUAAUGGAGGAUGUCCAAGUGUAUGUAACUGUAACAGUUUGGGCUCUUAUAGCCUGACAUGCGAUCCUGUAUCUAAACAAUGUCCUUGUAAACCCGGUGUGGGUGGUUUACGAUGUGAUCGAUGUGAGCCAGGCUAUUGGGGUUUGCAUAAGAUAGCAAGCGGUAACAGUGGUUGUGUUCACUGCAAUUGCAAUCCUUACGGCUCCAUCCGUGAUGACUGCGAUCAGACGACUGGACGGUGCGUAUGUAAACAUGGCAUCCAGGGAAUGAAAUGCGAUAUCUGUCCACCCGGAACCAUACUGAGCCCCGCUGGUUGCAUGGAUGAAUCUCAAGUGAAUGAAACUGUUAGCUUUUGCGAUGAGCUAGAAUGCUACCAUGGUGCUCGAUGUGUGGAAACGAAUGGGAUUCCUCAUUGUAGCUGCGAUUUCAAGUGUACUCCCGAGGAUAGCAGGGAUCCUGUAUGUGGGUACGAUGGCAAUACCUAUGGAUCGGAAUGCCAAAUGAGGCUAUUCAGCUGUCGAUACCAGAAACCCAUCAACAUACGAUACUACGGAAUUUGUCGAAAAGAUUACUUAAGUGAUGCUGAUGUUACCACUACAAGUAUCCCAUUUCGGUUACCAAAGAGGCGCAGUUAUCUAAAAAGGCCUGACAGUAAAUCUACGAGAGCAGUCACUUUGAAUUUGCCAGAGAAUUUGUACAUGACAACCAGAUCACCAGUUGCUUCGAAUUUUACCACAACUUUAGCACCGUUUCUUGCCUUCCCACCUGAUCCCGAUUUAAAAAUCGAGGUGCCAUCAUUCUCAGGUAAAUCUUUCAUGGAAUUAUACAAGUUAGAAGCCUAUACUCGUUUAUCUCUGGAAAUUGAAUUCAAAACGUACUCAAAUGAUGGAAUUCUACUGUACAAUGGAAAACUUUCUUCAAAAAUAGGAGAUUUUGUAUCAUUGACUUUGAAAGAUGGAUUUGUCGAAUUCAGGUACAAUUUAGGUAGCGGUGCGGUAGUCAUACGAUCAUUGCAGCGCGUGCAACUUGGAAAAUUCCAAAGAGUUGUAGCGAAGAGGUACUUGAAAGAUGGAUUGCUUGCAAUCGAAGGACAAGAAAAUGUUGCAGGAAGAAGUCAAGGAACACUCAAUUCUUUGGAUUUAAAUGAUAACCUCUACGUUGGUUUCGUCUUUGGAUUCUCGAAAAUAGUGGCUUUGAACACUGGAGUUGAACAUGGCUUAAAUGGUUGUAUUAGGUACUUGAAGAUUGACAGAAGGGAGGUGAACUUAAAAUAUCCUUCGUCAAAGGAAAUUUUAAGAAGUUAUGGAAUAAGAGAAUGUGGCGGUAACGCGUGUAGUGCGAUACCUUGCAAAAACGGAGGAACUUGCAUUUCCUUAGAACAAAAGAGUUUUCAUUGUCGUUGCACAGAUGGUUUCUCAGGAGAAAAAUGUGAAUACAAAGCUGAUCCUUGUAGCAGCAACCCUUGUGGAAAUGGUGGAACGUGUGCAGUCAUGUCCCCAGAAGAAUUCACUUGCAAAUGUGGCCCUCAGAAAACUGGAAAAUUCUGUGAUAAACCUCGGAAGGACCUUAGUGAAAUAAAUAUUCCAGAUUUCACAAAUAAUUCGUAUUUAGAGCUACCGACCCUUCAAAAUAUCAAACAUGCUUUCUCAAUGGAAAUUUGGUUCCUUGCCCGUUCACCAGAUGGCGUUUUGAUUUACGAUGGUCAGAAGUUGAACAGGAAAGGCGAUUUCAUUGCAGUAAAUUUAGCGAAUGGAUACGUCAGUUUCAUCUACAACUUAGGAAGCGGAUCAGCAAACAUCACAUCUCGUCAUCCAGUAUCUUUGAAUCAAUGGCAUUCUGUAAAAAUCAGCCGAUUAAGAAGACAAGGUACUUUGAAAGUCGAUGAUGAGACCACUAUAGUCGGCAAAUCAAAACCGCCAUUAACAGAACUGAAUUUGGCUUUUCCCUUCUACAUCGGAGGCGUCCCUAAUACACGAUAUGUGCAUCAAGAUUCAGGUGUUAAAACAGGAUUGGACGGGGCGAUCCAGAAAAUCAUUAUGAAUGGAGAACCUUGGGUUCGCUUUGUCUCAAAAGCUGUCCGAAUUCAUGGAAUACGAAAUUACAAAGGUCCGCCUUGCACACCAGGAGCUUGUUUACAUGGUGGUACCUGCGUGCCUCGUUUAGGUAACCAUUUGUGCCAAUGCCUUGGAAAAUUCACAGGGAAAAGAUGCGAGAAACGAAUAAGAAAAAAGGAAUUAUUACGAGCCAUAUCAUUCAAUGGUACAACGCAUCUAAAUUUUCCCUACACAAAUACAAAAGGCUCGAAAAGGCGUAAAUCUAACAGAUUUCAAGUACGCUUCCGUACCACUCAAUCAUCCGGUCUGUUAUUUUGGACGAGUAAAAAAUCCACAACAAAAAGUGACUUUGUGGCCAUCGCUUUGGUUGAUGGAUAUCCGGAAUUGAGUUUCAAUCUGAGGAAACAGAACGACAUUUUGACAGUGAAGAGUGACCAGAAGGUUGAUGAUGGUGUGUGGCACACAGUCUCAUUUCACAGAAAGAAGAGAUUGGGAGAAAUACGAGUAGACAAAAUUCAUUUAGUCUCCAACUUGACUGAUUCGGGAACCACUGACUUGAAUACUGAUGGAGUAUUGUGGAUAGGUGGUUCUCCUUCUUUACCUUUGGGCUUACCAUUAGCAUACUACGAAGGUUUCAAAGGUUGCAUAGACUCAAUCAUUGUAGACAAAAGCCCAGUGCAUCAGAUUCUUAGUGGACAACAAGACAUUGAAUUCUGUGCACAUUCGAAAAUUCGUCGAUGAUUUUAAUUCCUGGGAAUACAAAUUUCUUAUAUUAUUUCAGCUGUCACAGACUCAAUUCUUUUAUCCUUUCAAUUUGGAUAUCAUUCCUAAUAUGUCAAUAUGUGACAUGAAUUUAUGUAAAUACAAACAUGUGCAAAUGACUGUUCUGUGCCAAGAUUUCAGUAAGGGAAUCAUCAUUUGGAGACCAGUGCAGUGGAAUCAGCACUGGUUUCUUUCCCCCAAGAUUGUUUGCAUUCGAAAUAUAUAGCGAUAUAACAUCGAAGUUGGAUCAAUGGUUAUAUAUUGGAAGUAAGAUGCAACAUAUCGUUUGCUAUUAAAUUUAUUAGUAAUAUCUAACUAAAUGCAACGAAGAAAAGUUUAAAUAUGAUUAUUUUUCAUCUUUGUUACUUUUCAAAUAAGGCAUUCGUUUUUUGUAAUAUACCAUAUUAUUAUAAAGAACACUUUAAAUAUUUUUUAAAAAAUGGCGCAAGAAUUUUUCUAAAGCAUCUAAUAUUUUUAUAUAUGGUUGCAUUCUUUAAAACUUAGCAUCUCGUUUAUUUUUUAAUGAAGGAAUUGUACUGAAAAUGAUAUUAAAAUAUCAAUGAUUUAUUUAAACAAAGCAUCUAUAAACUUGUGUAUUAAUAAAUACUUGCAAACACCUUUACUGCUUUGUACCAUAUCUAUUGGAAAGAUGAAUUUUGAUUCAUAAUUUUUCUUUCAUGCAUGGUAUAUAAAUGAUGUUUAUUAAAAGAAAUCAUACCUACAUGCAUUAUAGAUGGCAAAUUAUUUUUAUUUGUCCAUAAAUCUAAUUUAUUAAAUAAUCUGCCUGGAAAGAGAAUUUUGAAUUAAUGCUUAAGAAUCUGUGAAAUAUAAAAUGAAAUAAUUAGUUUCAGAACCAUCGUAAUUCUAUGUGUAUUUUAAAUCUGAUGCAAUACAUAAUAUAAAUAUUUUCACACGCACUCGCAUUAUUAAAAAAUGUAAUAUAAAUAAUCGGGCGCAAGACAUCUUAUAAAUGUACUUUAAAUUGAAAAUUUAAUCCGAGAAAGAAAUUUCAUUUCCAGACGAAACAUUCUUUUUAUUUAUUUUCACAUUUUUAAAAAUUUAUUAUUCUAAUAAAGAGCCGCAACUCAACAACUUAUUUUAUUAAACAUUGGUUGGUAGCAAUCAUUUCCAUUUCUGAAAUGUUUCACUGCCUAUCAUGUAUUCAAAGUCUAUUUUAUGAUAUGUUAAUCAUGCCUUUGAUUCCUUUUUUAUAAUUAAAUGAUUAUUUCAAAUGAGAUUUAACUUGAAUAUUCUAUAAUGAAAUUUUAAAUUCUAAUGAUUUAAAAACAGCUAAUAGAUGCAUAUGGCAUAAUUGCAUCUAUUAAGAUUAACGUAGGAUUAAAGAACAUAUUCUUGAAACUUUAUGAACAUUACAAAUCUAAAGAAAACAUAUUUAUACUGAAAAAUUGUUUUCGAU